AUGACUUGUUUGUUUACAAUUAUGUCUUCUACUGACGAAGAAAAAAAGGCCCAGCAAGCUGCUGCUACUGCCGAAAAAGGUGUCGGUUCCGAAAAGAAGAACAGUCCAGAAGGAGGCGAAGAUGAGGACGAAGACAUUGACCAGCUAGUGAUGGAGUUACAAUCUAACCAGGGUUUAGAUGAAGAUGAUGACGAAGAGGAAGAAGAAGGUGAGAAUAAAGCCUCCUUCAAGCCAGUUGCUGAACAUUUCUUACAGACCGAUCCUGCUAUCGGUUUGACUGAGAGUGAAGUUCAGCAGAGAAUUAAGAAAUUCGGCUACAAUGAAAUGUCCGAGGAGAAGCAGAAUUUGUUCGUUAAGUUUUGCGGUUAUUUCGUCGGUCCUAUUCAAUUUGUCAUGGAAGCUGCCGCUUUGUUGGCUCUUGGUCUAGAAGAUUGGGUUGAUUUCGGUGUCAUUUGUGCUUUGCUUUUGCUUAAUGCCGGUGUCGGUUUCAUUCAAGAAUUCCAGGCUGGAUCCAUUGUGGAGGAGUUGAAGAAGACUCUUGCCAAUACUGCUGUUGCUCUCAGAAAUGGUGAGCUCGUUGACAUUGAGGCUAGAUUAGUCAUGCCUGGUGAUAUUUUAAAGAUUGAAGAUGGUACUGUUAUUCCUGCCGAUGGUAAGUUGGUUUCUGAAAACUGCUUCUUGCAGGUCGAUCAGUCUGCCAUUACCGGUGAAUCUUUGGCUGUCGACAAACGUUGUGGCGACCCAACAUUCUCUUCGUCCACUGUUAAGCGUGGUGAAGCUCUUAUGAUUGUUACCGCUACUGGUGAUAACACGUUCGUUGGUAGAGCCGCUUCUUUGGUUAACAAAGCUGCAGGUGGUCAAGGCCAUUUCACUGAGGUGUUGAAUGGUAUUGGUACUAUGCUUUUAAUUUUAGUUAUUGUCACUUUGUUGCUUAUCUGGGUCGCUUGUUUCUACAGGACUUCCAAUAUUGUUAGAAUUCUUAGAUUUACUUUGGCUAUCACCAUUGUUGGUGUGCCCGUUGGUUUGCCUGCUGUCGUUACCACCACUAUGGCUGUUGGUGCUGCUUAUUUGGCCAAAAAGAGAGCUAUUGUUCAAAAAUUGUCUGCCAUUGAGUCUCUUGCUGGCGUUGAGAUCUUGUGUUCAGACAAAACUGGUACUUUAACCAAGAAUAAACUUUCAUUGCACGAACCAUACACAGUCGAGGGUGUUGAGCCUGAUGACUUGAUGCUUACUGCUUGUUUGGCUGCUUCUAGAAAGAAGAAGGGUUUGGAUGCUAUUGAUAAGGCCUUCCUUAAGUCUUUAAUCAGCUACCCUAAAGCUCGGGCUGCCAUGCCUGAGUACAAGGUGUUGGAAUUCCAACCAUUUGAUCCUGUCUCCAAGAAGAUUACUGCUGUUGUCGAAUCUCCAGAGGGCGAACAGAUUGUUUGUGUUAAGGGUGCCCCAUUGUUCGUUUUGAAGACUGUUCAAGAGGACCAUCCAAUUCCGGAGGACGUCUUGGAAGCUUACGAGAACAAGGUCGCUGAAUUUGCUUCUAGAGGUUUUAGAUCUCUUGGUGUUGCUAGAAAGAGAGGUGAAGGCCAUUGGGAAAUUUUGGGUAUCAUGCCAUGUAUGGACCCUCCAAGAGAUGAUACUGCUAAGACUGUUAACGAAGCCAAAAGAUUGGGUUUGAGAAUUAAGAUGUUGACUGGUGAUGCUGUUGGUAUCGCUAAAGAAACCUGUAGACAGUUGGGUCUUGGUACAAACAUCUACGAUGCUGAGAAAUUGGGUCUUGGUGGAGAAGGUGGCGGCGACAUGGUUGGUUCCGAGUUGUAUGAUUUCGUUGAGAACGCCGAUGGUUUUGCCGAAGUGUUCCCUCAACAUAAGUACAACGUUGUUGCUAUUUUGCAAGAGAGAGGUUAUUUGGUUGCUAUGACUGGUGAUGGUGUUAAUGAUGCUCCUUCUUUGAAGAAAGCUGACACUGGUAUUGCCGUCGAAGGAGCUUCCGAUGCCGCCCGUUCUGCUGCUGAUAUUGUCUUCCUUGCCCCAGGUUUGUCUGCCAUUAUCGAUGCCUUGAAGACCUCGAGACAGAUUUUCCAUCGUAUGUACGCCUACGUUGUUUACCGUAUUGCUUUGUCUUUGCACUUGGAAAUUUUCUACGGUUUGUGGGUUGCCAUUUUGGAUGAAAUGAUGGACAUCAACUUGGUUGUUUUCAUUGCCAUUUUCGCCGAUGUGGCUACUCUUGCUAUUGCUUAUGAUAAUGCUCCAUACUCUAUGAAACCUGUCAACUGGGAUUUACCUAGAUUGUGGGGUAUGUCCAUCGUCAUGGGUAUUAUCUUGGCCUUUGGCUCUUGGAUUACCUUGACUACUAUGUUCUUGCCAAAAGGUGGUAUCAUUCAGAACUUCGGUUCUAUUGAUGGUGUCAUGUUCUUGGAAAUUUCUUUGACUGAGAACUGGCUUAUUUUCAUCACUCGUGCUGUUGGUCCAUUCUGGUCUUCAUGUCCAUCGUGGCAAUUGGCCGGUGCUGUGUUAGCAGUCGAUGUUAUUGCCACUUGCUUCUGUUUGUUUGGUUGGUGGUGUCAGAACUGGACAGAUAUUGUUACCGUGGUCAGAGUUUACGUCUGGUCUUUCGGUAUCUUCUCCGUUCUUGGUGGUGCUUAUUACUUGAUGUCUGAAUCUGAAAAAUUCGACAGACUGAUGAACGGCAAACCAUUGAACGACAAGCCUCCUCAAAGAUCCAUUGAGGACUUCAUGGUUGCCAUGAGAAGAGUCUCUACACAGCACGAGAAGUCGUCAUGA